AUGUUGCCCAUGGAUGAGCCGUGCAUGCGCAUCUCCUAUAAGGGCAGCCACUAUCUUGUACCGAUGGAGUUCAUCCUGCGUGUGCAUCCGGGCGGGCAGCGACUUAUUCUGCCGUACGUGAACCAAGACAUCACGCAAGCGUUCGUGGACGCGAAGCACUCUGACAUGGCGGUGCGGCUCCUGGAGCGGUGGAUGGAAGGUGCCCCGGCAGGCCAGUCCCGGAUCACUUCAUCCUCUUCUGCUGCCGCGGGAGAGUCCCUGCCUGGACGUGGAAACGAGGGUCGCUAUGCGCAGAUAAUCUGGAAUGCGUUAGUGUUUGGCAUCGCCGGCGCAAGUGUCACGGCAGCGGUGCUCUGUCGUCGAUAG